AUGUCCAACGAAGGAAUAGCAUCAGCUGGUUCUCAACCACCUCUUGUAUCACCUCUUCGUCGUUUAUCUAUAUGUCGACAAUUAUCGGAUGUAUUAAAAUAUCGUCGUAAAUCAUUUUGUUCAAAUAGUAAUGAUCAUUUACCAUAUAUUCCAUCACCAUCACCAACAUCAUCAUCAACAACAACCGCAACAACAAAUUCAGCAUCAUCAACAUUUACAUUUGUUUGGAAUUGUGCUUUAACUGAAGUUGAUUCUCCACCAGGAUCAUCAUCAAAUGAAGAUUUACAUAUUUUACCUAUUCAACAUCAACAACGAACAAGAAAAAAUGGUUUAUCUGAUGAUCCAAAUAUUAUAAAUACCAAAGAAAUAACUGGAUCAAUGGUUGCUGCUUGUUUGCUUAAGCAAAGAAGCAUCAGCUGUGAUGAUGUGGCAUUUCUAUCGUCAAGUGGUGAUGAACAGACAAUCUGUGCAAGUGGACCAUCAUCAGCUACAUCUGCUGCAAUGUCUUAUAAGUCAAAAUGCAAUGAAAAAGAACAUGGUUUACCAUCAUGUUCACGUAUUAAUAAUCGAGCACUUGCUAAAACAUCAGCUGGAAAAGAACGAAAUGAAAAACGAAAUUCAACUGGUUCAGCAAUUUUAACAACAACUACUAAAUCAGCACCAGCUACGUCAAAACGUUUAUCAAGUCAAUGUAUGGUGCAAGAUAAUGAUGAUAUAAUACCAGUCAAUAUAACAAAUAGUAAUUAUAAUCAAGAAUUAAAAUCAACAAAUUCACAACAACAUACAAGAUCAGGCAAAACAAGUCGUUCUGGUCUUUUUACUGGCAGCAUUUUUACCCGAGAUGGUAGUGAUUCUAAUGAACGACCAGAAAGUAAUUUAGCAUUUGUUCGUCGUAAAUGUGACGAUUGGUUAAUACAUGGCUUACCCAAAUUAGCACAAUUACAAAAUUAUCAAAUUCAAAUUGAUGAACGUGAUUUAAAAAUAGAAAAAGAAUGGCAACCAUUUUUAAACGAACAAGCAAGAUCACUCAUAUCAGAAUCGAUCAAAUUGCAACAAGAAGCUAUCUAUGAAAUGCUUUCAACUGAAGUAUCCUAUAUACGUCAGAUUUUAACAAUGACUGAUAUAUUUAUGACAAGUGUUAUGAUAUUAAAAUCAUCUCAACGUGAUGGUCUUUUAAAUGAUAUUGAUAUGGAAAAAUUAUUUUCUAAUAUACAAGAUGUACUUAAUGCAAAUUUAAUGUUUUGGAAAGAUAUAUUAUUACCAAUUAAAAUAAAACUUGAACAAACUGGUUGUGUAAUGAAUCCAUCGGAUCUUAAAAAUGGUUUUCUUAAAUUUGAUAUUUAUUUUAAAUCAUAUCUCCAUUAUGUACUUGAUCAAAAAGCAAGUGCUGAAUAUUUUAAACAAAAACUUGCCAAAGAUGAUCUAUUUCAAUAUUUAAUUACUUGGAUUGAAGCUAAUUUUACUAAUCGUUUAUCAUUUCCCGAUCUAACUAUUAAACCAUUACAACGACUUACACAAUAUAAAUUAUUGCUUGAAGCUAUACAAAAACGAACACAAGAUAAUCAACAACGAAAUGAUUUACAUGAAAUGAUCCAAAAAGUGGCCACUUUUGUCAAUCGAGUCAAUUCAAAAUUACAUAGUCAAGAACAAGAAGAACGUGUACGUCAGAUAAGUGAUCGCAUUGGUCCAUUCGAAUGUGUUUCAGCACCACCUGAAAUUACUUCCAUACUUCAAGAAUAUUAUCGUGAUUCAUAUUCUCAUCGAUUGGAUCUUCUUCGUGAUAUGCCAUUAUAUGUACGAGGCUAUCGUCGUCAGAUUAUUCAACAAGGCCCAAUGAAAAUGAAAGAUGCAAAAAAUAGUCAAGAUGUUUAUUGUUAUUUAUUUACUGAUAUGUUUCUUAUAACAAAAGGUGGUAAACGAAGUGGUACAACAAAUUCAUCAUCAUCAACAUCAUCAUCAUUAACAUCUAUAAGUAAUGAUGGACAAUUUAAUCGUGGUAUACCUACAACAUUAAAUAAAAUUCUUAAAUCACCAAUACGUAUUGAUCGAAUGGAUGUUCGAGAAUAUGAUCGUCGGGGUGGUGGAAGUAGUAGUAGUAAUAAUGAACCAAAUACUGCAUCAUUUGUAGCAUUAGUCUUUUCGGAAUAUAAUUUAAUUGAAUGUGGUUAUUUAUUUCAAACAAAUUUAAGUAAACAAUGGAUUGAAAAUAUACGAACAACAAAAACAAAUUUUCAAUUAUUAAUGGAAGAAUCAAAAAUGAAAUUACAAAAUGCACAUAAUCAUUCAACAACAACAACAACAACUUCAAUAUCAACAACAUCAUCAUCAAAUACAACAUCGUCUACUAUACAUCAAUCAUUACCUAGUCUAUCAUCAACAUCUGAAACAUCACUUGAUUUACCUGCACUUAAAACUGAUGGUACAUCUAUUGAUAGUUCAUCAACUGAUGAACCUAUUGUUAAUAUUUCAACUGAAUCUAUACGACGUUCAUCGAAAAUUGAAUCUGAUGUAUUUAAAAUAGUUGAACAAACUCGACGAAAUUCUCGUACUGAUCAUAAAAAUUAUGGUCGAUAUUUUACAGCUGAUGGUACAGGUACACAUGGAUCAAAUCCAUCAUCAUCAUCAUUAAUUAAUCAAUCAUCAAUUAAAUCAACACCAUCAACAGCAAUUAUAAAACGUAUGUCAUGGAAUAAUGAACCAAUAAAUACAAAUAAUUCAACAACAAUACCAAAUAAUGAAUUAAGCAAUACAAAUUCAUUUCGUAGUGUACAUAGUUCAAGUGGUGUUAGUUCAACUGGUUCAUUUUUAUUUAGUGCUGAUGAAGAAUCAUCAAUAACAACAGCAACAUCAUCAUCAAUACAAGUUCAAACAUCAUCAUCAUUAAAAAAUAAAAAUGAUGAUUUAACCGAUGAACUUGAUGAAUUUGAUGGUAAAAGUUCAUCAUCAACUGUUAUUGGUACAGAUGAUCAUGAACAUUUAACAAAUUCAAUAUUAUCACAAGAACAAAAUAUAUCUUCAAUUGUAAAUUCAAAUGAUUUAAUUAAUAAUGAUAUGAUUGAUAAUAUAAAUAGUCAACAUCUAGUCAGUAGACUAUCAACAUCAAGUACAAAUACAAUAACAUCAUCAAAUAAUCAAACUAUAAUUGAACCUGCUCCAUCUGUUAAUACUCAUAUGCCAUCACCAGAACUGUCAUUACGUCGAACACCAUAUGCAAGUGUAAAAAAACGUAAUCAAAGUCAUAUUCAUCAUCGUUCUGGUCUUAAACAGCAACAACAACAACAAAAUCUUUUUCGUCGACAUAGAAUUUUUGAUGAAAACGAUCUACGUUCUUCAACACAUACUGUUGUUUACGACUCAUCAAAAGCUAAUAAUUCAUCUACAACAUCUGGACCAAUACGACGUGGUAUAAUACCUUUGGAUGAUAAUAAUUUGAUAAUAUCAUCAUUUGGUGGAAGUGGAAAUGAAAGUGAUUAUGAUAAUAAUCAAACUAAUACAGAUUAUUCUAAUUUAUCAAAAUAUUUACCAUCAACAUUAUCAUCAAAACGAUUAUUUAAAAAACCGGUGAAUAAUUUCAAACGAUAUGAUGAAUUAACACGUACAGAUGAUCUUUUAUUGGGUGAUCAAAAUGAAAUUAUUUUAAAUAAUAAUUCAAAUAUUCAUUCAAUAAUUAAUAAUGAUAAUGAUAAUGAUGAUGAUGAUGAUGAUGAUGACGAUGAUGAUGAUGAUGACGACGAUGAUGAAGAUUGUGAUGAUAACGAUCAUACAGAAGCACAUCUCGAACUAUCUGAUGAUAAUGAUUAUGACGAUAUAGAUGGUGUUGAAAAUACAAUUCUAUCAACAAUUGUUAAUAAUAAUCCAUCGUCAGAUAAUAAUAUAAUAUUAUCGACUAAUUCUCGUCAACCGUCAUCAAAUCAUCGACUGAAUAAUGUAACUUUUAUGAAACCAACAAAAACAACAACAUUAGAUGAUAGUGCUCCUUCAAAAUAUCUUGGAUAUCCAAAAGAUCCAUUAGCAGCAAGAAAACUACUUGAUAUUCGAAGUCAUUUGUUAUUAAAUACUACACUCGAUGCAACAGAAGUGUGA